GUGACCUCUGACCCGGGUGGGGGCUUUGGGGAGCUGAGCCGAGGGAAAAAAGCCUCGAUGUCCCAUCACGCCUUCUUGGCUCGCGAGCUGGGGGCUACCAGGUGGUCCUGUGCCAUCACCGUUCCUCCUGCAGAAUUCUCCCAUCGCCCCAUGACUCAGCCCUGGGACUCCUCUCCUGCUGCAGAGGCGGAGAGGAGAUGUUGAGGGCCUUUCCAUCCCAUGUGACCCUCUCCCCAUCAGCGUCCUCGGGGCACCCCAUCCUGUUACCCAAAUUCUAUGAUCUCCCAAGUGCCUCACAAUAGCCAACCCCUCAGGAAUCUCCACUGUUGUCUGUUUACCGCCCGCCUGGUGAUUCCAGUGUCCCUCCCAGGAUGUUCCGCCGAGAGCGCUCCAUUCCCCUUCGAGGCUCAGCUGCCGCCCUAUGUAACAACCUCAGUGUUCUGCAACUACCGGCUCGCAACCUCACGCACUUUGGAGUGGUUCAUGGACCAAGUGCCCAGCUUCUUAGCGCUGCCCCUGAGGGUGCGCCCUUGGCCCAACGCCAGCUCCACGCCAAGGAAGGCGCUGGAGUGAGCCCCCCACUUAUCACUCAGGUCCACUGGUGUGUCCUCCCUUUCCGAGUACUGCUGGUACUCACCUCACACCGAGGAAUACAGAUGUAUGAGUCUGAUGGCUCUGUCAUGGUCUACUGGCACGCUCUGGACUCCGGAGAUGCUUCUCCAGUACAGGCUGUGUUUGCCCGAGGAAUUGCUACCAGUGGCCACUUCAUCUGUGUGGGAACAUGGUCAGGCCGAGUACUGGUGUUUGACAUCCCGGCCAAGGGUCCCAACAUUGUACUGAGUGAGGAGCUGUAUGGACACAAGACACCAGUCACAGACAUUGCCACUGAGCCUUGCCAAGGACAGGAUUGUGUGGUUGACAUGGUGACAGUAGAUGACUCAGGCUUGCUGUGUGUCUGGCGGUCGGGGGCAGAAUUUACAUUAUUGACCCGCAUUCCAGGAUUUGGAGUCCCGUGCCCCUCUGUGCAGCUGUGGCAGGGGAUCAUAGCAGCAGGCUAUGGGAAUGGGCAAGUUCGUCUGUAUGAAGCCACUACAGGGACUCUGCACGUCCAGAUCAACGCCCAUGCCCGGGCCAUAUGUGCUCUGGACCUAGCUCCUGAGUUACUCUCUGCAGCUGAGGACACUUUCGUGCACAUUUGGAAGCUGAGCAAAAGCCCAGAGAGUGGCUACAUUGAGGUGGAACACUGUCAUGGUGAGUGUGUAUUUGACACCCAGGUGUGUGGUGCUCGAUUCUGUGAUCCCUCAGGCAACUCCUUUGCUGUGACUGGCUAUGACCUAGCUGAGAUCUUGAGAUACAGCAGUGUGUGAAAGAAGAGCAGCCUUCCUUUCUCCCUGUGGUAUUUAUAAAGUACCCCCUCCACCCA